ACUCCACUCAUGCAGGCUCUUGAGGUCAACAUAUCAAGCAGCACUAUCCGUACACCCCUUCAAAGGCAGAUAUCCAAAAUCCGUCAGCCUCAGUCUCAUCGUUUACUUAAGCCGUCUUCCUCACAACUACCUACCACUUGGCGCCCUGCUACAUACAUAUGGUCCUGCAUGGCACACUUCAGUUUCCAUACGCGCCUCGUGACUGCUGACAGCAGUAAGUCUUUUCAUCUGCGAAUCCCUCCCCGGUGGUAGUUGCGAGGAACUGGUCAACGAGCAAAAGCACACAGCUAGACUGCAGGCCAUGGAUUCGGACGGUAGCUUAAACAAGAAGAGCAGCAACAGCAACAAGAAGAACGGCGACGGGAAGAAGAAUAUCGACAGUCAUCUACGAGCGCGGCAGGUCUGGCGCUUCCGUCAGCACCUCCUCGCGACAAACCCCGAGAGCCCCAAGCUCGCUGUUAUAAACGAUGUCGACGACGGAUACCAAUACCUGGCGUUCCUCGGCUGGAAGGAGCCCGCGUUAGCCCCGGACAACGAGCAGUGGCCCAGCGGCUGGAACGAUCGUCCCGAUACCCUUGGUACGUUCGGCACGUGGAUCAAGGUGACGUUCGUCGAAUGGCAGCAGAAGUGGGCUGAUGAAGCUUUGUCGGCAACCGGGUCUUCGUCUGUGAUGAAGGCUGCGCUAGCAGCCGUGGUGCCGGUAGCGUCAGAUCCUAACCAGAGUUGUCCGGGCGAGAGUGGUCUGGGCGAUGGCGACGAGUAUGCUGGGAGCGUGGCAACAACGACUAGCGCCGAGGCUGGGACGGUGGCGCGCUCAAUUCUUGGUAGUCAGAGCCAGGAACGAGAAGAUGCUGAUGACGAGGUGGAAAGGGAGGCGUCGAGAAGGGAGGUGGAAGCAGCGUCAUCGUCCCAGCACCACCACGGCAUCCAGCGGGCUAAAGACGUACAUACCGAAUGAAG